UGGACACUUUAAAUCACGAAAUCACAAAUAAACUUAUAAUAAUCUGGUCCGUAGAUAUGUCAAGCCUACUUAAACAUAUUCGAGAAAAAAACGUUAGAAAACUUGCAAAAAAAAGCGAAACAGCGGUUGAUAAACUCCCUCCCAUGCUUCAAAAUCGUGAAACAGCUACUUUGGUUCUCAAAGCUCUAAAGAAAGAUCAAUAUAUGCCCGCUCUUGUAUUUGAUGGAAUGAAGCAGGCUGCGAUUAUCUCAAAUCUUACGACAAAUGGAGCAACAAACUAUAAUGAUGUCGUAUUUACCUUUCCAAAUGGUAAUGCCAUUGGAGCAUGGACUGAUCAGAUACGCGUAAAUAUACCGUGGGCAUUGAAUCAACCAGGCGUUCCAGAUGUUUGCACUUCAGUCAUCAGAAUUAACCGAAUUACUGAGCGUGAUACAUGCACACUCUCAACUGCGUUUGAUCUCGAGAACUAUUCAAUU